UGGCAAUCGAUCACAAUCGCAUUGGUUAAGAGUGUACAAUUAAAGAAUGACUAAGCGAAAGUCAAACUCUUGUUCAUGUUGAAGGACACAGUUUAGAUUCCUCUCAUCUCACUCUCAACACAUACCAAUAGCAGAAACUAGAUCUAGCCUAAGAUGGAGAAGUUGCAGGAAAUUGCAGCAUCCUUGGCUGUUGAUUAUUUGCUUCCACCCUUGAAGAAAGCUGUGAACUCAGUCAUGGAGGUUCCAAAAGAUGUUGCAGAGAUGAAAGACAAACUUGAUGGGAUUCAAGCCAUCAUUCAUGAUGUAGAUAAGAUGGCAGCAGCUGAAGAAGGCAACUCACAUGAUGGUCUCAAAGCAAAGGUGAAGCAGCUGGUGGAAACAUCUUUUUGCAUGGAAGAUAUCGUUGAUGAAUACAUGAUCCAUGAGGAAAAGCAACUUGGUGAUGAUCCUGGAUGUGCAGCUUUACCUUGUACGGCUAUUGAUUUUGUCAAAACUACGGCCUCUCGUCUUCAAUUUGCAUACAUGAACGAGGACGUGAAAUCCGAAUUUCGUGGAAUCAAGGAGAGGAAUGGAAGUAAAGAUAACUCCCAAAUCCAAUCUUCUGGAGGAAACCAAAACAUCCCGUUCGAUAACCUUCGAAUGGCUCCUCUGUAUCUUAAGGAGGCUGAGGUUGUGGGCUUUGACGGCCCUAGAGAUACAUUGGAAAAGUGGUUGAAAGAGGGGCGAAAAAAGCGCACUGUAAUCUCUGUGGUAGGAAUGGGAGGACUCGGAAAAACUACUCUUGCCAAGAAAGUUUUUGACAAAGUCCGAAAUCAUUUCACUCUCCAUGCAUGGAUCACAGUGUCUCAAUCCUACACCAUAGAAGGACUGUUGAGGGAUAUGUUGCUCAAGUUUGUAGAAGAAGAAAAAAGAGUGGAUCAUUCUUCAAUGGAUAAAAAAUCAUUGAUAGAUCAAGUGAGAAAGCACUUGCACCACAAGAGGUAUGUUGUUGUGUUUGAUGACGUGUGGAAUACUCCUUUUUGGCAAGAAAUGGAGUUUGCUUUAAUUGAUGAUGAAAAUGGAAGUAGGAUAUUAAUCACAACCAGAAAUCAGGAUGUUGUUAAUUCCUGUAAGAGAUCUGCUGUUAUUAAAGUGCAUGAGCUGCAACCUUUAACUCUUGAAAAAUCAUUGGAAUUGUUUUAUACAAAGGCAUUUGGAUCUGACUUUGAUGGACAUUGUCCAAGCAAUCUUAAGGACAUAUCCACAGAAAUUGUUAAAAAGUGUCAAGGUUUACCACUAGCAAUUGUUGUCAUUGGUGGUCUUUUAUUCGACGAAAAAAGAGAAAUUCUUAAAUGGCAGAGGUUUUAUCAGAAUCUAAGUUCUGAACUAGGGAAAAAUCCCAGUUUAUCUCCUGUCAAAAAGAUUUUGAAUUUCAGUUAUCAUGAUUUGCCUUACAAUCUCAAACCAUGCUUCUUGUAUUUCGGAAUAUAUCCAGAAGAUUACGAAGUUGAACGUGGGAGACUGAUUCCUCAAUGGAUAGCUGAGGGAUUCGUCAAAUCUGAAGCAACAAAAACUUUAGAGGAAGUGGCAGAAAAAUAUUUAAAUGAGUUAAUCAAAAGAAGUUUGGUUCAAGUAUCUUCAUUUACCAAGGUUGGAAAAAUUAAAGGCUGUCGUGUUCAUGACCUACUACAUGAAAUUAUCCGUGAGAAAAAUGAAGAUUUAAGGUUUUGCCAUUCUGCCAGUGAGCGUGAGAACUUGCCAAGAAGAGGAAUGAUUCGUCACCUAACAAUAGCAUCCGGUUCCAACAAUUUGAUGGGAAGUGUUGUAAACUCAAACAUUCGAUCACUUCAUGUUUUUAGUGAUGAAGAAUUAUCAGAAUCCUCGGUGAAGAGAAUGCCUACAAAGUACAGGUUAUUAAGGGUACUUCAUUUUGAAGGCGAUUCACUGUAUAAUUAUGUUCCGCUCACAGAAAAUUUUCAGGAUUUAUCCCUUUUGACGUACUUAAGCUUGAAGAAUUCAAAGAUAGAAAAUCUUCCAAAAUCAAUAGGCUUGUUGCACAACCUAGAAACAUUGGAUCUAAGACAGUCUGUUGUGCGUAUGAUGCCAAGAGAGUUCUACAAGCUUAAAAAGUUAAGGCAUCUUCUAGCUCAUGAUAGGUUGUUUGGGUUAUUUGGUGGGCUUCAAAUGGAGGGUGGCAUUGGAGUUCUAACGUCCCUACAAACACUACGUGACAUGGAUGCAGACCAUGAUGCAGAAGAAGUAAUGAAAGAGUUGGAAAGACUUACACAAUUAAGGGUGUUGGGCUUGACCAAUGUUCGUGAAGAAUUCACAAGUUCUCUGUGCUCCUUGAUAAACAAGUUGCAACACCUGGAGAAGCUAUACAUUAAUGCAAAAUAUAUACUUGGGGUCAAUGAUUUGCAAUUUGAUGUAUGUGCACCUGUACUUCAGAAGGUUCGCAUUGUAGGGGUGUUAGUGGAGUUCCCAAACUGGGUUGCCAAGCUCCAAAAUCUUGUUACGUUGUCCUUGUUGCAUACCCGUUUGACUGUUGAUCCAUUGCCACUACUUAAAGAUCUACCAAAUUUGUCCUCCCUCUGUCUCCUCAAGUUUUCAUACAUUGGUGAAAUUUUACAGUUCCCAAACAGGGGAUUUCAAAACCUAAAUCAAAUACUACUGAAUCACUUGAUUGGUUUGAAAUCCAUCGUUAUUGAAGAUGGAGCAUUGCCUUCUCUCGAAAAGUUAAAGUUAGUUGAUAUUCCCCGACUGAAGAAGGUGCCUUCUGGUCUCAGCAAGUUACCAAAGCUCGAGGUUUUCCACAUGAUAUGUCAGAUGAAUUUAAGGAAAACUUUCAUCUCAACAGAGGACAACGUCAAUGGAGAAUAGGCCAUGGGAUUUAAGUGUCAUGGACUUCUGAUUCUCCAUGUGGACUUUCACAACAAUGGCACUGAAUCAUCAUGAAACCUGCCUUGGAAUUCAGCAUUGCUCCUUCAAGUCCCCAAAUAAACAGAAUAUGUGGUAUGGACCUAUCUUAAUUUCUUUAGCAAAGUGAUAUAAAACUUCUGAGUAAAGGGGAGUGAUUUAAGACAUUUAGGUUUUUGAUUCAGUUCCUUCUUUAGAUGUAUCAUGUUUGUACCAUGUUAUGAGAAUUUCUCUUUCACGGAUUGUAAGACCUUUUUGGCUUUUUCAUUGUAAUUAAUCUCUGUUUUCUAUAUCUGAAUAAGGGGAAAUAUAAUCAAUCAUUCGGCUGA